GCUAUGUCUCCAUUCUCGUCGCCUCUCCCGCCGACGCCGCCGCCGCCAUGUCGCCGCUCGCCCGCUCGCUGCUCGCGCUCACUGCGCUACUCGCUGUGUCAAACGCUAAAAUCACGCUCGUCGAUAUAGGACUGGGAGCAAAAUGCGUUAAAUUGAUUAUGGAUAUCCCGCCAAGAUCUGUGCCUUAUCAACCUUGCCGUGGUUCUAGAUUUACAUUGAUGUCUGACGGGCACAGUCAACCACUGACAGUAAUUCCCAAUAAAUGUACCGCGUACAACGGAGAGGUAGCCAGGCAGACGGUAGAGGUAUGCAACGAGUACCCCACGCCUUACGGACCCCAACCCUUACCUCCGACAGUCCAGGCCCUCGCUGACCAGGUGCUGUCACCCGUAUUCGCUUCCUGUGGCGACGACACUGAAUGUGGACCUCUGGUGUGGAAGAUCGAGCAGGACUGUAGAGUCCCUGUUAGACCACUCAUCGCAAGUGUCCACUAAUAAGGUCUGAUGGUGUAAAACAAACACUGGGGCAAGAGUAACUCAUGUAGGGAAUCCUCAUACUGUUAGUCUUGCCCUGAGUAAACUAUGUUAAUCUCACCCCACAUGAACUUAGAUAGAGGUUUAAUGGCAAAUCGCUUCAGACAUAUUCAAUAUAGUGUUUUAUAAAUCGU